AUGGAAAGGUGUUUGCUCUUUUUCCCUUCCACUUUCCAGGAGGAAACCAUGAGACGGCCUCUACCUGCUUUUAGGGGGGCGCAGCUGCUGGGGAUGCUGCUACUGCUGAUCCGACCCCCGGCUCCGGUGGUAGAGGGAAGAGACCGAGAGGUGUUCUGCGGAGCUUGCAAGGCUCUGAUGGAUGAGAUCGAGUAUGAUGUGAUGAAGGCACGCCAGAAGAAGAAGGUGGAGGUUGGGUCGUUCCGAAUCAACCCUGAUGGGACGCAGCAGAGAAAGAAGAUUUCCUUAGCCAAGUCAGAGGCAUUCUUAACAGAAGUUCUGGAAGACGUAUGUAAAAGAAUGAAUGACUACAAACUUGAAGAGGACCCCCAAACUAAGGAGAAAUCAUUCAAGAGAUUUGCCCCCAGGAAAGGGGAUAAAAUAUACGAAGAAUUUAAAAGAUUUUAUUUUUAUUCUGAUGCAUACAAACCUUUGAAAUUUGCGUGUGAAACUAUAAUAGAAGAGUAUGAAGAUGAAAUAUACGCACUUAUCGCCCAAGAGGCAGUCUAUCUAGCUGACAAGCUGUGCAGUGAAAAAUCAGAUCUAUGUGGAGUUUCUUCUACUACCCAUGCAGAGCUUUAGUGGGAACUAACUUACUAGUUUCAGAGGGAAGUAAAGUGGCAAUCCCCAAAGAAGUCUUUUUUAUAUCCUGCCUGUGUCCUUACCUUUCGGCGCUAGAAGAAUCUGUGUUUAUAUCUGAUAUGGGCAUAAACUAAUUAUAGAUUUAAUGUAUUGAGAUCCUCAGACUUAGUUUUUGAAUGAAAAUCUGCAUGUUCUGGUGGCAUCAAUUCAAUAACAGAUUCUUUACCCCUUGUACUUUCUGUAGCUAACAUAGCAGUAUUUAUAAAGUGUUCAAAUUGGUAACUAGUAAGAACAUACACUGUUUUCUUGCGGGAAAAAAUGAGACUUCUGAUUAGCAAAACAUGAAUUAAUAUACUCUGGGUAAAUAUUUUGUUAGCAAAUUGGUCUUGUUUUUCAAAGUAAUAAGAAUUUAAUUCUCAUGUACUUGAUUGGCAAAGCGUGUAAAGAAAUAUUGCUAACAAUUAGCUUAUUAAUCUUUUCAGACAUGGCAUCUGGCUUAGGAAUGAUGGGGUCAAAAGUGUUUAUCCUGACCAUCGUAAAGGAUGCCUCAAGUAACUCUUUAUCCUUCAAAAAGUUGAACAAAGAAGAAGUUAAAGAAACGUAUAUGUUAGUCACAUUUUGAUUUCCAUUGUUAAGUUUUAAUAAAACUGAUAUUC